AUGAGCUCGGCGAGGAAGAACAUUACGUCAACGAAGAGAAGGAGCGAUAUCCUCGCAGUCCGCGAGAUGGCGACCCUACGCAUGAAUGCGAUGAAGAGUACUGGCCUUGCGAGGGGACCAGUCUCCAAUCUCUUGUCGCGUUCGCCGGCUAUUGCUGCCUCUAUGCCGACCGCCCAGGCGCCUGCGCCAGUGGUGCAGCCCAGUUAUGAGGCCAUCCCGCCAUCAAUGUCCAAAAUCAUCGAUAUUGAGGCAGAGAUUCCGAUUACCGCCGUGCAGCUCGAUGCUUUGGUUGUCUCAAAAAUUAUCAAACAUGGUUCUGAGGCGCAUGGCUCGACGCCUGCCCUUGGUUUACUCAUCGGCAUCGAUUUCGACGGCACUCUCGAGAUUUCCAAUUCAUUCCCGCUUCCUCAUGUUAGCGAUGAAGAUGAAAAGGCAAACAAGUCUCUAGCUCGGUAUCAGUCAUCUAUGCUACGUUCCCUCAAAGAAGUCCAGGCAGACGACUCCAUCGUUGGCUUCUACCAAUCAAACACAUUGGGUGCAUUUUUCAAACAGUCGCUUCUUGAGCUGCAGGCAAUCCAUCAGGAAAAGUUGAGGCAUGGUGGAAUUGUUGUCGUGCACGAUGUUAUGCAGGCGUCUCAAGGAAACCCUGCCUUCCACGCGUUCAGGUUGACUAAAACGUUUUUACAUGCCUUCCGCACGGGAAGGUUCAAUACUCAGAGCCUUGUUGAACACAACCUCACAUUCUCUUCUAUCGUCGAAGAGAUUCCGCUCCGAAUACGCACGAAUCCUCUCGCUGACGCAUUCCUGAGCACAUUAACCACGCCUACUUCGACUUCAUCGGCCCUCCCACUCUCGUCUUCUACACCUCGCGCAUCCGCGGCCGUCCCACCGUCCUUCUCCGCGCUAGAUCUCGAUGCACGUUCGCUCACCUCGAAUCUUUCAUCCGUGCUUGACGCUCUAGACGACUACAAGACCGAAGAAGGCAACCUCGCGUACCUCCAACGGCAGAUCGCACGUGAGAAGCUAAAAGCAGAAGCACACAUCCAAAAACGCCGCGAAGAGAACGCGCUGCGCGUGAGCCAGGGUCUUGCGCCGCUCCCCGAAGACGACGUCAGCCGGUUGUUCAAGAUUCCUCCUGAUCCUAGUCGUCUUGAGAGCACACUUCUACUCGGCCAGAUUGAUGCUUAUUCGAAGAGCCUUGCUCAGGGUGCGAGCGUCAACCUGGUGAAAAUGUAUUCCGCGAAUGGAGGUAACAGCACAUAGAUGUUUUGAUGUAGAUGUAAGUGUACCUGAUUUAGGAGUAUUUGAUCGUUGUAUUCUUGCAAGCGCAUUGCUUUGCAUCUGCAUCAGCGUGAAAACUGUGCGCUGUGGCGCUAUUACAGUAGAACGAAGCCGACUCGCAUAUGCUUCCGUUCCCAUGACAAUCCUUCCGGAACGUCUUUGCACUCGAGUGAAAAACUCAACUGGC